GUACGAGUGAGUAUCAAUGAAACAUGAAAUUUUGAUAUUUAAUAAAUAAUCAGUUGGAUUUAUCUUGGACAAUGAUGGGCAAUAUGAAAGUGGAAAUGACUACAAAACUAAUCGUGCUCCUGAUUUCUGGGUUCAUGGUCACUCAGGCAGUGGAGGGCACAGAUAUUUCUGAAUAUUUUGGUGGAGGUUACUGCGAAGCGGGUGGUCCAGUUCAAAAGCUAUUAGACCAUGUAGGAUCAUAUUUGCACAUAAUGCUUGAUAUGAACUUUCAUUGUUACGGAGAAGUGGCCACGUGGGAAUACUUUGUAGAAUAUACGCGCACAUUCUUUGCAACUGUUUGGAGACCUGUGCCUGGCAACGAAUGGAAAUUGGUUGGGAAAAACGAGAUAACUCCAAGUAAAAUAGGUCCCAACCAUUAUGAAGUUCCUUUUAAUGAAAGAAUCCAGUUCCAACCUGGGGAUGCCAUAGGCAUACAUGUCCCUGAUGGAGGAGAUGGUUCCCUAAGUAUAAUCGAUGGUAAUGGUGAAUGUUGUGGUAUUCCCAAUGAAUUGAGGUCCCGCAUAGUAAACAAGAACAUGAAGGAUGGAAAUCUCCCCAUUGGUCAGACAGUUGUCGAACAAAUAAGUGGAGUAAAAAGAUUGAUUGCCCUUAAGGCUCUUGGAAGGCCAGUUAAUUACAGAAUCGGAGGAGCGCCUCAGUUACUCAACUCAGACCCUUUACUAUGGGGCGGGAUACUUACUUCAUGGCCACUACCAAAGGCUGGUGUAAUACACGUCUGGGAGUACUACGCUCAAAAGGCGGGGCCAUUCUGGAUGGCGAUAUUUGCUGAGAUCAAUGGACAAUAUGUCUAUAAAGGAAAAAACAGGAUUGUUGCACCAAAUGCAGGUCGACAUAGAUACGUUGUACCAGAAGAUGAGAGGAUAUCUCACGAGGCUGGGGCGUUCAUGGGAAUAUUUGCGGAAACGUCACAAAUAUCAAUUGCUUUGUCCCUAACUCAUACUCAAAGGAAUCCUAUAUGUUGCGGAGUGGAUGAAUCUGAAUUUUCACCUUGGCUUGGAAUAGCGGAGCGAUAUAGUCACCAUUUGGUUCCCGGUUUUGCCGUCACCAAAACGGACCCCGGGGCACCGGUAAUGUACUUUGCUGUCCAGGCCAUCAGCUACAAAGAUAGUCGUAUCACAGCUAACCCGAAUCAUGGACAUGGAGCCCUUGUUGAGAUGAAGAAGAAUGAACUUGAAGAUGGAAAUAUCGGAACAUGUAUCCGUAUAAAUACAGGUGUAACUCUGAAAUUGGACUCCUCGAGCCUAACAGCAUCCAGUGUUCACGUAGCGAUUUACACGAGAGGUUUUGAAUGCGCAGGCAAUCGUCAGGUUCAAGUUUAUUCAAGUGUGGCAGCCAAUCAGGACUUUUACGGGCAAUUUGAAGAGUGCAGCCUUGAUAGUUCAAAGGUCAUCAAUGUGCAAGAAAGGUUUGUGUACGGUUGUAAUUGGAUCUGUAAUUGUGUAGCGAAUAUUUGUACAUCAAGUUAUGUCAGUAUAUUUUCCAGAAUGUUUGAGCUGUGCGAAGUAAAAUUUGAUUAUGUAUAUCAAUAAUUCAUGUUACAAGUGCCAAACAGAAAAUUGAUUUUAUUCUAUUGAAUAGGGGAAACAUAGGAAAAACAGCCAUGUGGGGCAAAAAGGCCCAUCGAAAUAUAUUUUGAACGAUAACGAGAUGGUUCUUCAAAAGUCACAUACUAAUUGAAUUUGGAAAUUUCCGCCACCUUCUCGAGUCUCGACUGCCCCUUUUAACCUAGCAGCGUAAUUCUUUUUUUCACUCUCUUUUUUUUGCAAAUUACCCCUCCAACGAAAUUCUAUAAAAAACCGGCAACAAUAGAGAAUCGUUUUGA